UUGGCCUAGCCACCAUAUAGAUACCAGAUUUACGAUAGCCGCUCCGGCCUCCGCGAAAAUCAUGUGAUUAGCCGCCUGCUAGUUGCUUAGACAUAAGUUAAAGGUCGUCUGGGCUGUCAGAUUUAUAUGGUCAGCCAUAUAAACAUUAAUUUGCAGACUAUAGCCAACUCAACUAAAGGUCGCUUGGCGUCUUGCAUAUCGGGCGCAUGUCCUGUAAACACAAAACGUGCUGGUUAUUUUGUUUAUUGGCUCUCUAAACAAGAGCUGGAAGCCCCAGACUGGUCCAUAUAGAUACCGGAUUUACGAUAACUUAGCCGCAGAACUAUUUUUGGUCCCACCGAAAAUCAUGUGAUUCUUCUUAAAGAUAUUUUGCUAUUAACAAAGGGUCGCUUUAAGUGCCGCCAACAUCCGCAAGGCGGGAGAAUCCCGGAUAGGUUGCAACUUUCUUGUUUAUUUAUUUUCAUUUAUUGACACACUGGUCCAGUGCUUCACUGCCUCACUGACUUGCCGCCCCGGGCUGGUUGUGUUUAUUAAUUAAUUUCACUCGUAAAAAUCGUAAAGCAAACAGCCAAGUGGUGGAGUAAGGGGCGCUCAGCUAACGACAAUCGCUACAACAAUUACAAUUGCAAGCCAACCAGCGGGUAAAUAAAUAUUUAUGGAUGGCUAAACCCGGUCCGCGGCCACAGUGCCAUCCACAAGUGUGUGUGUGUCCCACCGUCCCCCGCCCGAUGGGCGAAAGAAUGCAGCUGGAGCCGAGCCCUUUUGGUGGUUCUGGCUCGUGGGAUGACCUGACCCCCGGCUCCGAAAUGUGUACUCCAAGGACAGUCCUUCGCCUGGCAACUGGGCUGUGCCCAAGCUGCCAAGCCGCCAAGCUGCCAAGCUGCCGAGCUACCCCGAGCUACAGCCAGCACCAAACAACAGGCCGCUAUCUCUCGACGGGGUCGUAAAUGCCGUAAAUGCCCAAUUCUCUGGCUCACCAGUUCCGUUUGGGCCUUUAUUUCAUCGACGGCUGGCAGACGGUGAAGACGUGUUCCCCACGCGCGUCCCAAAGGCGAUAGUUUGCUGAAUCUCAAGAGGCGCGAUUAGUAGUUGGGCUAUUUAUCAGUCGCCGACGAUUAGAUGUGCGAUUAGGGUUGCCCGUCCAGCAACUAGCCAGUCAAUUCAAUCCAUAACCCAGCACAAUGGCCACCCUGGGCGCCUGGGACUACGCCAUCCUGGCGGUGGUGCUCAUCAUCUCCGUGGCCAUUGGCAUCUACUACCGCUUUGUGGGCGGCAAGCAGAGCACCACCACCGAAUACCUGCUGGCGGGUCGUUCCAUGGGCAUCACGCCCGUGGCCUUCAGCCUGAUGGCCAGCUUCAUGUCCGCCGUCACCAUACUGGGCGUGUCCAUGGAGAACUACCAGUACGGCACCAUGUUCGUGGUGAUCAACCUGUCGUAUGUGUUGUCCACGCCCGUGGCAGCCUACCUCAUCAUACCGGUGUUCUAUCGCCUGAAGACGGCCAGUGUGUACGAGUAUCUGGAGCUGCGCUUCGGCUAUGCCACACGACUGGCCGCCUCGCUGAGCUUCUCGCUGCAGAUGGUCCUCUACAUGGGCAUUGUGGUCUAUGCCCCGGCGCUGGCCCUGGAGGCGGUGACCGGCCUCAACCAGGUCUUCUCCAUCGUCAUCGUGGGCGUUGUGUGCACCUUUUACGCCACGCUGGGCGGCAUGAAGGCCGUACUUAUCACGGAUAUUUAUCAGUCGCUGCUCAUGUUCGUCGCCGUCUUCAGCGUGAUCAUCUGCGCCUGGGUGAAGGCGGGCAGCCUGUCGGAGAUUUGGCGCGUGGCCCAGGAGAACGGGCGCAUCGAUCUGGGCAACUUCAGUGUGGAUCCCACGGAGCGACACACCUGGUUCACCCAAAUACUGGGUGGCUGUGCCACCUACCUGUCCCUCUACGGGGUGAACCAGACGCAGGUGCAACGCCUGAUGGCAGUGCGGAGCUUGAGUGCCGCCCGAGCGGCCCUGUGGUGGUGCCUGCCCAUCCUGUGCCUGCUGAGUGUGAGCACCUGCUUCUCGGGCCUGUGCAUCUACUGGUACUAUCGCAACUGCGAUCCACUGCUGGAGGGCAGGGUGAACUCGCGUGACCAGGUGAUGCCGCUCUUCGUCGUGGACACCAUGGGCCAGUACACCGGCCUGGCGGGCCUCUUCGUGUCGGGAAUCUUUUGCGCCAGCCUCUCGACGAUUAGCUCGAUCAUCAGCUCGCUGGCGGCUGUCACGCUGGAGGACUACCUCAAGCCCCUGGUUAGCUGCUGUGCCAAACGCACGCUCACCGACCGCCAGACCCUGUGGUACUCCAAGCUGCUCUCCCUGUUCUACGGAGCCCUCUGCAUUGGCAUGGCCUUCAUGGCGGGUUCCAUCGGAGGACUGCUGCAGGCGGCGCUCUCAAUCUUUGGGAUCAUUGGCGGCCCACUGCUGGGACUCUUCACGCUGGGCAUGUAUGUGACGCGGGCCAACGAGAAGGGCGCCAUCGGCGGACUGGUCAUCUCGCUGGCCUUCUGCUUCUGGAUCGGAUUCGGUCAGCCCAAGCCGCCGCUGGUCAGCCUGGAAAUGUCCACCGCCGGCUGUCCGCUGGACCGGAGCUAUGCCAGUGAUAUCUUUCUCAAAUCCCCGAAGGCGGAGGUGGCGGAUGAGGAGCAGCACUACUUUUACCUGUACAGGAUCAGCUACAUGUGGUACGCCGCCCUGGGUUUCGUGAUCGCCUUCUUUGGCGGCUGGUUCUUGUCCUGGGUAUUCGAGCUGUUCAACUGGGACAACAAUGGACGCAUCUACCAGGAUGCGGAGUGCACGCUGAUCAAGCAUGACCUCUUCGUGCCGCCGCUGGCCAAGCGACUGCAACGCCGGCAAAUGCCGCUGCUGGUGGUGACGGGCACCAGUUCGGAGAUUGGCGGCAUCUCGGCGGAGCCGCGGCUGGACGAGAUCGAGUGGGAGAAGCACAAGGCGGUGGCGUAGCUCAAAGACACACGCAAAGUGUGGGGUUUCUUUUGGAAUUCCACUCAGCUGAGUCAGCCUCACGGCUCCAAAACAAGAAAAUAGAUAAA